UUAACACACUCAUUCGGUCUCAGACACCUUAACUUUUCGGUUCAGCGAUAAUAAUUAUUUAAAAAUAUACCUGCCUAUAUAGCGGGCAUCUAAAUAAUUUAUUAUUUUUCAGCCCAACAUGGAUUUGGUGUUUGAUCAAAAAGAAAAAUUGAAAUACCCAAAGUCCAUAUGGUUUAUCGUGCUUAAUGAAUUAUGCGAAAGAUUUACCUAUUACGGAAUGAGAACCGUCUUGGUUUUGUACCUGACAACAAUAUUGAAGUUUGACGGUGACGAUUCGACGAUAAUUUAUCACAGUUUCGUAUUUCUGGCGUUCUUCAUGCCUCUGCUUGGUGCGAUCCUUGCUGACUCUUAUUGGGGGAAAUUCAAAACGAUUCUGUAUUUGUCAGCGGUGUAUGGACUGGGUAACAUUGUGCUCACCGGGGCUUCGAUGGCAAACAUGUUUAGCCUAGACGUUCAAAAAAUCAUCGCUUUGCUCGGGUUAUUUUUAAUAUCCGUCGGCACGGGGGGCAUAAAACCGUGCGUUUUCACGUUCGGUGGCGAUCAAUUCCGGUUGCCCGAGCAAGAAAAACAGCUGCUACAUUACACUACCAAAUUCACGUUCGCAAUCAACAUUGGAGCUUUGUUAUCAACGUGUCUGACGCCCGAGUUGAGACAGAGCGUACAUUGUCUUGGCAGAGACACGUGUUUUCCGUUGGCUUUCGGUGUGCCAGCAGUGCUCAUGUUGACUGCCAUAGUGAUAUUCGUGUCUGGCAAAAACAUGUACGUGAAGAAGAAACCGGAACACAACGUCAUCGCCAGGACAUUCGGUUGCAUUUUCUACGCGCUGCGAACGAAGAUGACUUCGCGGGUCCCUUGCCAAUCGCACUGGCUGGAAAACGCAAAGGGCGUGUACACCGAAACGGAAAUAUCAGAAACGAGGACAGCCCUGGACGUGAUUACCGUGUUCAUGGCUUAUCCGGUGUUUUGGUCGUUAUACGAACAACAGGGUUCCCGGUGGACAUUACAGGCCAUGCUGAUGAAUGGACGCUUGGACUUCUUAGACUGGACUAUCAAACCCGAUCAAAUGCAGACCUUAGUGCCAUUGUUCGGACUGACGUUUCUCGUUCUCUUCGACGUCGCCUUAUAUCCGUUGCUCGCCAAAGUUGGCGUCCGGAAACCUUUACAAAAGCUCACGUUGAGCGGUGUCUUGGCCGUCACAGCAUUUGUCAUCGCAGCCUUACUGCAGUUCAAAAUUUUUGGAGACACCUCUGAGAUACCACCUGGACAAGGGCGCCUAAACAUUUACAACGGAUUCGAUUGCAAAGUGUUCGUACGUUCGAGGACGUUACACUUGCAGGGUCGCAUCGAUUCGCUAGAAAUGAUCAAUCUUACUCAUACAGUAGUGUCACGGGAUGACGUCUUCGUCACAUUAGAAUUUGAACCCGAGUGUUCGUUUGUACCAGAAAACUACGAGUUCGACACUACCGUGACGAUAAUCGAGGGAGAGGAGAAUUCUUAUCACCUUGUCAAUUUAAAUCCAAACACAAUCACAUUAAACCACGUUGGCGUUAGUGACAGUUUAGUUAAAGACAAAUAUGGAAACCCUAACUUAAGAAUCUUGAUCGACUACACAUUUGAUUUUGACGAUAAUAUUACAUUGACUAGUGCAGAUCAAAACUCGUUUACCUCGUACCCUCUCUCUCUAUUUCGAGGGAUGAACUUUAAUGCCGUUAAAGUAGGGAAAUAUAAUUUAGUGUACAACGGAAAACCAUUGACCAUUCCACCUAUGGACAUAAAACCUGCCACGUUUUACACGCUCACUUUACAACGAAACGGCAAUAAAAUGGAUGCACGGUUAUUUUCCGAGAACGAAGGGAACUAUAUUCACAUUCUAUGGCAGCUACCACAAUAUUUGUGUAUGAUUAUAGCAGACGUCAUAUUCGUGGUCACGACAUUAGAAUUUUCGUUCAUAGAGGCGCCGGUGAACAUUAAGUCGUUCAUAUCUGCUGUGAGCUUACUGACAACGGCAUUGGGAAAUUUGUUGGUCGUAAUCAUAUCGGCAAUAUCGAUUAAAAAUCAGGCACACGAAUAUCUCUUCUACUCCGGUCUCAUGCUUGCCGACACGUUGUUAUUGGCCUAUUUCAGUAUGGUUUAUCGGAGCAAGAAUGCCAACGAGACUGACGCAAUGUCACAUGCCGUAAACAAAAAGGACGAAACUACUGUUUUCAACUGAGCACUGUUAUAUUCAAUUAUUUUGACAAUAAGCCCGAACUCGAAGAAUGGUAUUCAUUGUAGGACCGCAUUGUUUUAAAACCCACCGUUAUAUUAAUUACGGAUUUUGAAACCUAUUAUUGAUAUAUAACAUAUUAUUUUAGAAACAACAAAUAAAAUUACAUAUAUUAUUAUGUAUGUAUGUGGAUAUGUUA